AUGGUUGUGGUCGAUGUGGCCGACUACGUGCGGUACCUCCAGUUCAUCUUCCUGGCUGGUUCCCUCACGAUGGAAUACCCAGGUUUCUACCAGCCUAUCGUCAGCCAACUGGCGUGGUCAUCGCUGUUAUUUUGGAGCGGACCCAUCGAUCACGGCUUCACGUAUCCCGGGAUAGAAGACGGAAUUUACGCGACCAACGGUACCUGUGGACUGGAGUACAUGGCGCAGAAUCUCGGAUUUCCCUCCAUGUUGGAUAUCAUGUUCGACGCUCUGAUAAAUCUGUGCAUUGUUGUAUCUGGGAUCGUGAUCAUAGUCCUGGUGGUAUGGCUGAUCGAGUGUGGAUCGCGGAAUGGCGCAACAUUCGAUUCUGCCCUUGCGAAAAUCCCAGAAGCAAGCCGUAGCAUUGUGGGCGUCACGCUUCUGUUCUUCAGCCUCCCUCUCUUGGCGUACCUGGCGUAUCCAUUUGUCCUCGUCGGACACCUGCCCAGUUACCGCAUUUGUCUGAUGGUCUUGAUGAUUGGGGUCCUCAUUGACUCGAACCUCUUCAUCGCUCGCUAUCAGACGAUACAGAAACCGAGGAGAUCCGAUCACGACUCUUCCAAGGCGUCCCCUCGGUUUCAGACCGCCAUGGAGUAUAUCGCUUAUUAUCUUCUUUACUGCCUUCCACUCAUUCAGGGUCUAGCUAUCGGUGGUCUGCAGCUCUGGGGCUGGGUACAGCUACUCCUGCUCGGCGGAUGCGAAGUGGUCAUUCUCGCCCAUCUUGUUCUUCAGCAAAGGACGAAACUUAUCUUUUCGAAAAGCGCCUGGUGUACUGCUGUCCGCUUGUUGACGCUCAUCCUGAGUGUUGCCUUUGUGUGCCCGUCCCGCGAGAUAACAAGGCAAUGGAUAGGCUAUUUCAUCUUGGUUCUCCAUGGUGUUGUAGUCGUGCUCGGCUUUUUGUUCAUCUCGCUCUGGCAUAUAGGACGGUUCGCCGUUAAAGGACCCGAUCGUAGGUUUGCCUGCGAUCCAUGGCAUUUGAACCUAGCCGAGCUCCCAAGCCCAAGCGACAAACGCCGGAAACUAGACGGGAAAAAUCUGGAGGUCAAUUCUUUCGACAGCAUCUCCGAUCGCUACCGUCCAGGUUCCUCGCGCAGAAUUUACAGAGACUUUGAAGACCGUCCAGAUAUGCCGAACUUUCCUACUUUGCCAGACGCCACAGCGCCAUAUUCACCAAACGCUUCGACGUUUUACAGGCCCCCACGAUCUCAUAAUGGCAGGGUCGCUUCUCAUGAGCACGAGAACGCCGACUCUGGUUCGAUCGUUCCAGCCCUCGAGUCAUCCGAGUCGGCGCAGACAGAUUUCAACUCGUCGCCACAUUCAAGCUCAAGCGACGCCUUCGACGAGCUGUUACGAUUGCCAAGCAAGUCGGGCGUCGACUAUUCAGUCCGUGAAUCGGAUUUGUAUUAUGGCCGACGUCGUGAUGUUUCAGGGCCGUCACAAGAGUCCUUAAAUGAAAGCACGGACAAGGGCCAGUCGAGUCGACAGACAUUCUUGAAUUGGAAACGCAGUUCUGCCGAGCGAUUCAAACAUAAGAAGACAAAGGGGAAGGGUUUUCAAGUAAUGAGACCAUCGCGGCCAAUGUAA